AUGCCGCCCGGUCAGCUGCUCGAACCGUCGUUGACCGAGUCGACGUUCGUCGCGGCCGCACUAGCCAGCGGCCUCCGCACCGAUGGCAGGUCCUUCAACCAGUCGCGCGACAUCUCGAUCAAGUUUGGCGAGGAACUUGGCAGCUGUUCGGUUGCCAUCCAGGGGACAAGAGUCCAGACGUCGGUUCGAGCCACGCUAGUGCCGCCGCGGUCAGACCGGCCAUACGAGGGCUUCCUACAACUGACCACGGACAUCUCACCAAUGGCGGGCACCGAGUACGACACGUCGGGCGGCGCCACAUCGUCGGCGCGCAACCGCGAGAUCCUCUUUGACCGCCUUCUCGAAAAGGCCAUCCGGCGCACCGAGGCGCUGGACCGCGAGUCGCUCUGCGUGAUAGCGGGCGAGCAGGUCUUCCAGAUCCACCUCACCAUCCACCUCCUGUCCGACUGCGGCGCCGCGCUCGACGCCGCCGUGCUCUGCUCCAUGCUCUCGCUACGCCACUUCCGUCGGCCGGAUUUCACCAUCGAGGACGGCAAGGUCACGCUGUACGGCGAGGACGAGAGGGUCGGCGUCCCCCUCGCCAUCCACCACACGCCGCUCUGCGUGAGCUUCGCCAUCUUUGAGAUCCAGAGUCAGGAGGCAAAGAUGGACGAGCACUACGACGACGAUGACGUGAGGCGGGAAGAGGAGAGGGACGAGGAGGAGCAGGACGCCCUUGCGCCGUCCCGGGACGAGGCCGACGACCCCACUUCCCGGCCCAAGCCCUCGUCGAAUGCAGCGACGAUAGCGGCGAGCGCCGACAGGACGGUGGCGCUCUUGGAUCCGAGCCAGCUCGAGGAGACGCUGUGCGAUAGCAAGCUCGUCCUCGUCCUCAACGCCCAGCGCGAAAUCUGCGUGCUGGAUAAGGCCGGCGGUGCUCCGCUCGACGCCGACAAGCUGCUGGAGACCCUCAAGGCCGGCCUGCUCAGGGUCAAGGAGCUCAGCGAGAGGGUAGAGGCGGAGCUCAAGAGGGAUCGGGAGGUCAGGAUUGUAGAGGUCGUCUAG